CCUGAUAGACCAAGAUGGCCACAUUUCCGAUGUGGUUGUGUUUGUGAACUUUUGCACUUUGUUCUUUGUUGCAAAUACAUUAAUUUUCUUUAAUUCCUGCUCUAGCGGACACAUUACUGUAGUUUAGGGCAGUAUUACUGUUUGCUUGUGCGGGUCGCUUCGGUGCAUCGUGGUGUUUGUUUACUGAUUCAUCUCGCGUCAGUUAACCGUCGGCGCUAACGUUAACGGACAGAGACCCGGGACCGACGGCGGCUCACAGACUUCCACAUUUUACCAAAUCAGAUAUGAAGGAGGCUCUGUCACUGGUUCAGAGACUGAGCGCACACCCGGACUCCCGGUGCUGGUUCGUCAGCUGGAGCCCGUCCGGGACGCUGCUGGCCUCAUGCGGGGGCGACAAGGCCGUCCGGAUAUGGGGACGAGAAGGUGACUCUUGGAUUUGUAAGACUGUGCUCCAGGACGGACACCAGCGCACUGUGAGGAAAGUGGCCUGGUCUCCCUGUGGGAAUUAUUUGGCCUCUGCCAGCUUUGAUGCGACCACGUGCAUCUGGAAAAAGAAGAAUGAUGAUUUUGAGAGUUUGACUGUGUUGGAAGGGCAUGAAAAUGAGGUGAAAUGUGUGGCGUGGGCGCCUUCAGGGAAUCUCCUGGCAACAUGUAGCCGAGACAAGAGUGUGUGGGUCUGGGAAGUGGAUGAAGAAGACGAGUAUGAGUGUGUUACCGUCGUAAACUCUCACACACAAGAUGUCAAGCAUGUUGUGUGGCACCCGACCCAGGAGCUCCUGGCUUCAGCAAGCUACGACAACAACAUUUGUAUUUACAAGGAAGAGGACGAUGACUGGGAGUGCCGGGCCACCUUGAAAGGCCACACAUCCACAGUCUGGGCUUUGUCUUUUGACGCAGCUGGACGGAGGCUGGCCUCCUGCAGCGACGACCGCACCGUGAAGAUUUGGAAGGAGUAUCCAAAUGAAAGUGGACAGGCUGACUUGUCAUGGAAGUGUGUUUGCACUCUGUCUGGAUACCACGGACGAACAGUGUACGAUGUCGCCUGGUGUCAGCUGACUGGUGCCCUGGCUACUGCCUGCGGUGACGAUGCAGUGCGAGUCUUUAAGGAGGACGAGACUGCCGAUCCAGACCAGCCUGUCUUCUCGCUGGCGGCUCAGGUGACCAAAGCUCACACGCAGGACGUUAACUGCGUCGCCUGGAACCCAAAGGAGGCAGGACUCCUGGCUUCCUGCAGCGAUGACGGGGAUAUCACCAUCUGGAGGUUCCAGGAGGAAGACUGAACCAAGAUCAACAGCUCUGAUCUCUCACUGGGAACUGUGGUCCCCACAGGCAGCAUUCUUCAUCCAGCUUGAUAUUAGUGCAUUAACACGUCACUCGUCAGCUUUCAUGAGUGUAAACUGAAAAUGCUUCGGUGCAUCUUAUCCUUUGUGAGUCUACAUAUUUCUUUAUAACAGCUCAAUUAAGAAUUUUAUGUUUAUAUAAAUAAAUCUAAAAAUAAUUUAUAAGCAAUUAUGUGACUUC